AUGCCACCACGUGAAGAGUUCCCGACUAAAGGAUUGGAGGGUGCACCAAGUAAUGAUAUAGGUUGGCACUUUGGAACUCCAGUGCCAAAUGCGAAAGGAAAUAUCGUAUGUAAACUUUGUGGUAAAGUUGUGAAAGGAGGAAUAACACAAUUUAAAGAGCACAUUGCUCAUAAAACCGGCAAUGUUGCACCAUGCCCUAAUGUUACUGAUGUCAUUAGAGAAAGUAUGAUGAAUAUGCUGAAAGAAGGAAACACAAAGAAAGUAGACAAAAAGAGGAGAAAAGAUGAAUUCUUAUCUCAAUUGAGAGAAGAGGAGGAUGAACACGAGGAAUUCAUUAAUGAGAUUUCUGCUAUAAGGGAAGAAUUCAGACGAAGUACUAGUGGUUGGGAUAACAUUUAUGAAGAAGGGCGAUCUUCUCAAGGAUUAGCUAGAGAAAGAACACGUAAAUCCAUCCCAAGUGAGUCUGAGUUUACCUUAAGGGGAGCUAUACCUGAAUUGGUUAGAAGCAAAAGUUCAAAGCAACCAAAGGUCAAUGACUCUUUUUUAAAGAGUUUUCGAAGAAAGAUAGGUGAAGCGGUAUCUAAAAUUUUAAUAUAUGAAAGACUUCCUUUUCAAUUAGCAAGCUCUCCAUGGUUGUAUAACUUAAUUCAAGUGUCAACAGAAGUUGGAAAAUGUGUAAAGCUCCCAACACCUUAUGAGGUUUCAGAUGUGUAUUUGGAAUCAGAGUAUCAACGAGUUCGUGAUUGGGUAAAUGGACUAAAGACUCAUUGGAAAGAAUUGGGUGCAACUCUAAUGUGUGAUGGUUGGACCAAUAGUUUGAAUCAAAUUCACAUCAUUAAUUUCCUUGUUUAUUGCAGUAAAGGAACCAUUUUUUGGAAAUCGGUAGAUGUCUCAAGUGUCCAUAGUAGAGAUGUUGAAUUCUACUACUGUUUGUUAGAUUCAGUUGUAGAAGAAAUUGGAGAAAAUUACGUUGUCCAAAUAGUGACUGAUAAUGAGGCAGCAAUGAAAGCUUCUGGAAAAAAAUUAAUGUUGAAAAGAAAACACCUAUAUUGGACCUCAUGUGCAACUCACUGUUUAGAUUUAUGCCUUGAAGAUAUUGGGAAAAAGCCCAGUGUAGCAAAAGUGUUAGAUGAGGCAAAGAAAGUGACUUGCUUUAUAUACAAUCACAUUUGGACUGUUGAUUUGAUGAAGAAGUAUACACAAGGGAAACAAAUACUUCGACCCGCUCUUACUCGAUUUGCAACUCAUUUCAUUCAACUUGAAGAGAUAACAAGGCAAAAGCAAGGUCUGAGAGAAAUGUUUAAUUCAAAGAAAGAGAAUCCAUUGUUAGAUGGUGAAAAUGCCAGUGUGUUGCCUGUGGAUACCUCUGAUGAUGAAAUAGAUGUUGAUCAAUCUCAACAACAAAUUUUGUCUCAUUCAAGUUCUAGUUCAACUCCAAGUCAGAGUGGCGAUGGACCCGAUGAUGGUGGUUUAAGUCCAAUUGAUGAUGAUGAUGUAUAUAGUGGUGAUAGAGGUGAAAUUAGGUCUUCUAGUCAGUAUAGAGGAGAAUAUGGGGUUAGUACCACUGGUGGACAUUUUCGUGACAGAUCAGAGUUUGAUGGAAAUAUGUUUCCUGAACCUAGGAGAGAUAGAAGUGAACCUAGAGCUCUAUGA